GAAGUUCGUAAGUGUUACGUUUUCUUGAUUUUUGAUGUACUUAUACAUAUAACUCGUUCUUUCUUUUUCCUUCAAGAAUCCGUUGAAUUAUGUCCUGACAAUGAAACACGUGGCAAAAAACUCCAUCUAUUGGUUACAUUUGGAAAUGGUUCAUCUCAAUAUUCUCAAGUUACACCUGAUCGUUUCAAUUUCAGUACGUCAUAUACGCAACAAUUUCAACCUAUAACAUACGACGGCUCAUUCAGUUUUAUCAAUAGAAUUAAUGAUGAUACCAAAGGUGCUUGGCAUACUGAUGCAACAGAUCACACAGGUGAUCCAGGUGGAUACAUGUUUUUAGUUAAUGCUGAUCCUCGACCUGGUCAGUUUUAUAACAGUACAGUCAAUAAUCUAUGUAUUGGUCUACGUUAUGAAUUUUCUGCCUACUUGGCGAAUAUUGUGAGACCACUUGGCACAAUUAAACCAAAUGUUCGAUUUGAAAUUCGAAGUCCACCACCUUAA